AUGGGUGAGAACCAAGCCGAACUGAACCAGUGUCAGUCGUCUCGUAUCGAGGUAGCCCGAUCGACAAAUAGGAGCCCACCCUAUUUCUGGAGUGAGGAAGUGACCCAGGAGCCCAGCUUCCCAAUCCAUAGGGGAUAUGCAGAGGCACGCAGCAUCAUCGAAGACGGCAAAUUGGAGCUACUCAAGGAUCUUUCAAACACUGCCAUAUGUUAUAUUACACGACUAUUUGAGUGUCUCGACUCACCCAAGGAAGGAUUGCAGAAAGGUCUUGUGGAGAUGCAUCUCUCCGAGGAUCUGCAGAAAUGGCGAAGGGAGCAGCAUAAUUCUGGGCACAUCUUGCCUAGCAAAGGUCAUGGCCUCGCACCAGCCCCGGAGAAGGUGCUCCAGCUUUUUGGUGCAGAGAAAUGGCCGAAAGCACUGACCACCACCAACGCCUUAUUCGGGUGCGGAGUGACGAACAUGUUGAUCGGGGCAUAUGAUGCUGAGACUCUCUACUCCAAUUGUUGUGUCGACAUGGCUUUCUACUAUGAGCACCGUUACCACAAAGUUUUUCCAGAGUUCGAAAAUGCGAUAAAGUUGGCGAUUAGUGAUCAACAUGCAUUGCAUACUCCAGGCGGUGCCGAAAGGAGGGCCGCUGUCGAGAUUGGAAUGAAGUACAUAAAGAAGAAAGUGGCUCUAGAGGAGGCACACAAAUCAGAAUUGGGUAAUAGAGUGGCCACGCUGAACAGACGAGAGGCUCAAAUCAUAUGCACCCUCGAAAGCAGCUUGGUGGGUAUGGCCAAAGAGGCUAUGGUGCGUGGUUUUGAUUGCGCUGCAGUAAUGAGCGACCUGGUUUUCAGCAACCCCGGGACAGACGUGAUCGAUGUGGGCUCUGAUUUAUUUAAUUCGGAGUUGCUGAACUCCUUUCUGAACACGGCCGACAUGUCUUCGACAGGUAUAGUCACAGAGGAUGCGCUACGGAGGGUGUAUGACGCAUACGCCCAUACGGGCUCCAGGAUGCUAUGUGAACGCUGGAUGGAACCGAUGGCGCGCAUGUGCGCGGCACUGUUCACAUGGCAUAUCCUGAACGACAGACACCGAUUCCUGCGACGUGCUCUACUUGGCUACUCCAAGGCGCGGAAGACGGCAACAGAGCCGCGCGAGGCAGAUUUUGACGAAGCUUUCAACCCUGAGCUGCGCACUACUGGCUUCAGCAGACCGUUGCAGGGGGCUUGUAACGGUGGCGACCCCUGUGAUCAAGUAGAGGGGCACCUGCGCGCACACGAUGAAAGUGAUGGCUUACUGGCUGAACUCUGGCUGUGUCUCAGUACUAAACCAAUGCAAUAUGUGACCAAGGGUGCUGUGGAUCCGGAAAUAGAGGAUGGCUUGUCCGAGAGACUAGACUCCAGCUAG